AUGCCGCACAAGUGUUACGCAGGUUACACAGGUCCCGCGUCGGACUGGCCUGAAAAGGUAAGACAGCUGGAGGUCGAGGGGGCCGAGCACUGCGAGGUCGGGGCGAAGCCUGGGCGGCCCGGCGGUCCUGGGUGGGGCGCCCGGGCCGACCCCGCCGGUUCACCUUACUCCGAUAACCUUAAGAUGAAAAACUGGGAAAAAAGAGAAUGGAAAAAGAAGGCAAGAAUGCUAAAGAAUCAGACGCUUUGUAAAGGUGCUUUCUUUCGGAAAUGUAGUCAACCUCUUCGGGCAGGAAAUAUAUUUGUGGUGAGCCUAGCAGUUGCAGACCUGGUGGUGGCCGUUUAUCCAUACCCAUUGGUGCUCACCUCUAUAUUUAACAAUGGAUGGAACCUGGGAUAUCUGCACUGUCAGAUUAGCGCCUUCCUGAUGGGCUUCAGUGUUAUUGGCUCCGUAUUCAAUAUCACUGGGAUUGCCAUCAACCGCUACUGCUACAUCUGCCACAGUCUCAAGUAUGACAAGCUGUACAGUAACAAGAAUUCCCUCUGCUACGUGUUCCUGAUAUGGAUAUUGACACUUAUAGCGAUUGUGCCCAACCUGAGGAUUGGAACGCUCCAGUAUGACCCACGGAUCUAUUCCUGUACGUUUACACAGUCUGUGAGCUCAGCAUAUACAAUAGCUGUGGUGGUUUUCCAUUUCAUAGUUCCUAUGAUCGUAGUCACUUUCUGUUACCUAAGAAUAUGGAUCCUGGUUCUACAGGUCAGGUGGAAAGUGAAACCUGAAAACAAACCUAAACUGAAACCACAGGACUUCAGGAAUUUUGUCACCAUGUUUGUGGUUUUUGUACUUUUUGCCAUUUGCUGGGCUCCUCUAAACUUCAUCGGUCUCAUUGUAGCCUCAGACCCUGCCAACAUGGUGCCCAGGAUCCCAGAAUGGCUCUUUGUGGUUAGUUACUAUAUGGCAUAUUUCAACAGCUGCCUCAAUGCGAUUAUAUAUGGACUACUGAACCAGAAUUUCAGAAAGGAAUAUAGAAGAAUUAUAGUCUCACUAUGUACAGCCAAGAUAUUCUUUGCGGAUAGUUCUAAUGAUAUAGAAGAUAGAAUUAAAUGUAAACGUUCUCCACUAAUAACCAACAAUAAUCUAAUAAAAGUGGACUCUGUUUAGAAAAAAGUAUUACUGAUAGUUAUCUACAUUGCUCAAGGUCUUAUUCAUUUUCAUGUUUGUUUUCCUUCUUAUGUCUAGAAAACAGUAGUUGAAAAACUUCAAGUUCUUGAGUUGCUUCUGUAGUUUCUGAGCUAGUGUACUGUCUGCAUUGUGAAAAAGUGUAAUUCUACUUAUCAAGAGAAAUACAAAAUAGGUGAGAGUCAUAUGUUAACUGAAGAUAUGUUUCAGGGAUCAUGGGUUGAAAUAGCAUGAUGAAUGCCUUUAAGUGAAGAAAGUGUGUGAAACUUUUUACCAUAAGUGAGUUACAACAAAGCAGUACAGUCCAUCCUCCUUGUCUGUGGGUUCCUCAUCCUUCAAUUCAACCAACUACAGAUACAAAUAUUAGGAAGAAAACCAUCUGUAUGGAACAUGUAUGGAACAUUUUUCCAUAUGGAACAUUUUACCGUAUGGAACAUUUUUCCAUACAGAACAUCUGUAUGGAACUUUUUCCAUAUGAAAUCAUCUGUACAGAACAUGUACUGUACAUGGAACUUUUUCUUGUCAUUAUUUCCUAAACAAUGCAGUUUAACAACUAUUUACAUAAUGUGAGCUUGGUAGCAUGUAAUCUAGAGAUGAUUUAUAGUGCCUUAUAUGGGAAGAUGUUAGAAAGUUAUAUGCAGAUACUUCACCAUUAUAUAUCAAAGAUUUGAGCAUUUACAGAUUUUCAAAUCCUUGGGGGAUUCUGGAAUCAUUCCCUCACAGACCCUGGGGGACAACUGCAGUUGCCACACCCCCAAAUAUUUGUAGUAAGAAAAUGAAUAGAGCAUUUUAUUUAGGAUAAAUAAAUGAAACAAGAAGGAAAAGUGAGAGGCAUGACACUCAUUACAGUAUGAAAAGCUGAGAAUGAAUCAUUGAGUGAUUCAGCAAUAGCUGCCAUCACCACUAUCACACACUUUUCUGUUGGAAGUAUAGCACUGGACAACUAUAGUCAAAAUCUCUGUUAUAUCUAAGAUUAUAUUAUACUCACUCUACAUGUUGCACAUUCAGCUAGAUGAAGAACUAUGACAGAUUCUUAGAGCUCUUAUUCAGAUGUUAAUUACCACUGUAUUUUAAAGAAAAAGCUACAUUUAAAUUCUUAUUUGACUUUUUAAGAUUGUGUUGUCAGCUUCUUGUCUCUGACAAAUAUUUACGAUAAACAAUUUAAGAGAGUAACAA